AUGCCGGACCUAGGGCUUCUGUCUCCGGUGCGCUGCCUGGUGCCCAGGCUGCUUGGAAUUGGUGGUAGCACAUGCAGUGCUGAAGAAGUGUGCCGUGUUUCCCCUCAUAUUUGCGACCUUUGGCUGUACCUAGCCAAAGAGGCUGUUGCGGAAAACGGAAACAGGUUGGGACAUGACAGUCAAGUAGAGGUUUUGAAGCUUUUUAAGUCAUUACACAGAACCCGACAGGAAGUUUUUAAAAAUGAUACCAGAGCCCUUGAAGCUGCAAGACAAAAGAUAAAUGAAGAAUUCAAAAAUAACCAAGAUGAGAGAUCUGAAGAGAAGAUAAAUGAGCUUCUGAAAAUAGCAUCAGAUGUUGAAGUGAUUCUUAGAACUUCUGUUAUUCAGGCAGUUCACACCGAUUCCAACAAAAUAUUGCUCGUACCCAGGAAAGAUCUGCUACAGGACAACACUCCUUACUUUGAUAAACCAACAAAAAAGCAUGAAUCCUGA